AUGGGUAGUGCAUUUUCUGCUCUCGAUGCCUGGCUGAACUUCAGCAACACCUUGACUGUCGUAAGGCAGUCCUUUCCCCCUAAACCCACCUUUAGUACGGACCAAAUUCCCGAUCUCACAGGCCAAGUAAUAAUUGUGACUGGAGGAAAUACUGGACUUGGGAAGGAAGUUAUUACGAGACUCCUCGAACACAAUGCCAAGGUCUACCUAGCGGCGCGGAGUAAAGAAAAAGCCGAUGCUGCCAUCAAGGACCUGAAGGAACUGACUGGCAAAGAGGCAAUAUUCUUGAUGUUGGACUUGACCAGCUUCGCCUCCGUUCGCCGGGCUGCUGCGGAAUUCCUCGGCAAAGAGAAGGAGUUGCAUGUCCUCUUCAACAACGCGGGUGUCAUGGCGUCUCCCAUUAGUUUCCUCACGGUUGAAGGAUACGAUAUGCAGUUCGGAACCAACGUAAUUGGACAUUACCUAUUCACGAAGCUCCUAAUACCUGCUCUUGUUGCUGGGAAGGACACUUCACCAGACUAUCAUGCCCGCAUAAUCCACACGUCGUCAUCAGCAGCGUACCUGUCUACGAUGGAUUUCGACACGUUCGUACCCGGGCCCGCAAGGUUAAAAUUGUCUCCGACCAGUCUCUACGCCCAAAGUAAAUUUGCAAACGUAGUAGUGUCACGGCAAUUCGCAAAGCGCUAUGCCGAUCAAGGCAUCGUCUCUAUCGCCGUUGAUCCAGGUAACAUCCGAACAGACGUGUUGCGGAAUUAUGGGUUCUUCCUUCAGAAGCUCUGGGAUCUCCUCCUUUCGCCCGUAGACCUAGGUGCCCUUACCCAACUAUACGCAGGUACAAUGCCAGAGGCGGUGAAUCACAACGGCAAGUUUUUGAUUCCUUAUGCGCGAGUCGGCGUCUGCAGAAAGGAGGCAUACGACGAUGCGCUCGGUGAAUGCUUGUGGAACUGGCUUGAAGAAGAGGUCGCCUCCAAGUAG